AUGGGAAAGUUAAUAAAGAACCACUGGGCUCGACUGAUCGUCCUAACGGCAGCAACAUACCAGUUCGCCGCCGGAGUGCACGGCUUCUUCUGGCCCAAGGUCUUCUGGGACUUCCUCACAAAGAACCUCGAUGGCUCCGUAAAACCAGUUCCCGUGCUGCAGAUUCUCAACGUAUUAUUUGGACUGCUCUGUCUGGCUUGGGAAUGGCCACUGAAACCCCUCGCCGGCACUGCGAUGCAUCGCAGCAUUGAGAUGCGACUGCUGGUGCUCCCCAUCAGCACCUUAUGCGCGGUAUUGCUCUAUCAGGGCACCAACUCGGCGAUAUAUUACCUGAUCGGAAUGAUUGUGUAUUUCUGGGCGUAUAGUGAAGGAGAGAUCGUUUGCCCCGAGCCUUGGACGCUGCCCAGGAAACCAAGGCCUGUCUCAUCGAAAGUCUAA